AAGCGCGGUCACGUGACUGUUGCGGGCCCGCCAAGAUGGCGGCGUCCUGGUUGGUCUUCCUGGCGCUGUGUCUGCUGUUGCCGCUGCUGCUGCUGGGAGGAUGGAAGCGCUGGCGGCGGAGGCAGGCGGCCCGGCAUGUAGUAGCCGUGGUGCUGGGCGACGUGGGCCGCAGCCCCCGUAUGCAGUACCACGCGCUGUCUUUGGCCAUGCACGGCUUCUCGGUGACCCUCCUGGGGUUCUGCAACUCCAAACCCCAUGAUGAGCUCCUGCAGAACAACAGAAUUCAGAUCGUGGGGUUGACAGAACUUCAGAGUCUUGCAGUUGGGCCCCGAGUUUUCCAGUACGGAGUCAAAGUUGUAUUUCAGGCUAUGUACUUGCUGUGGAAGUUGAUGUGGAGGGAGCCAGGUGACUAUAUCUUUCUCCAGAACCCCCCAGGUCUGCCGAGCAUUGCUGUCUGCUGGUUCGUGGGCUGCCUCUGUGGAAGCAAGCUCGUCAUUGACUGGCACAACUAUGGCUACUCCAUCAUGGGUCUGGUGCAUGGCCCCAACCACCCCCUCGUUCUGCUGGCCAAGUGGUACGAGAGGUUCUUUGGGCGCCUGUCCCACCUGAACCUGUGCGUUACUAAUGCCAUGCGGGAAGACCUGGCGGAGAACUGGCGCAUCAGGGCUGUGACUGUCUACGACAAGCCGGCAUCUUUCUUUAAAGAGACACCUCUGGAUCUGCAGCACCGGCUCUUCAUGAAGCUGGGCGGCAUGCACUCUCCCUUCAGGGCCCGCUCAGAACCUGAGGACCCAGCCACGGAGCGGUCGGCCUUCACGGAGCGGGACGCUGGGAGCGGGCUGGUGACACGUCUCCGCGAGCGGCCGGCCCUGCUGGUCAGCAGCACGAGCUGGACAGAGGACGAAGACUUCUCCAUCCUGCUGGCAGCUUUAGAAAAGUUUGAACAACUGAUUCUUGAUGGACACAACCUUCCUUCUCUCGUCUGUGUGAUAACAGGCAAAGGGCCUCUGAGGGAGCAUUACAGCCGCCUCAUCCAGCAGAAGUGUUUCCAGCGCGUCCAGGUCUGCACACCCUGGCUGGAGGCCGAGGACUACCCCCUGCUUCUAGGGUCGGCAGACCUGGGUGUCUGUCUGCACACGUCCUCCAGUGGCCUGGACCUGCCCAUGAAGGUGGUGGACAUGUUUGGGUGCUGUUUGCCUGUGUGUGCCGUGAACUUCAAGUGUUUACAUGAGCUGGUGAAGCAUGAAGAAAACGGCCUAGUCUUUGAGGACUCCGAGGAACUGGCAGCUCAGCUGCAGAUGCUUUUCUCAAACUUCCCUGAUCCUGCGGGCAAGCUAAACCAGUUCCGGAAGAACCUGCGGGAGUCGGAGCAGCUCCGAUGGGAUGAGAGCUGGGUGCAGACUGUGCUGCCUUUGGUUAUGGACACAUGACUCCUGGGCCAGAGGCUAAAACCCCAGGACCCCGGCUGCCCUCCCUACAGCUUCUUGGGAGUCUCAGGGCAAACCCUUUCAAGCAGCGCCUCCCAGUGGCCAGUAGCUGAAAUGACGGCAGUGGUGCCGCCUGGUGAAUGAAUUGGUUGGGACCCCGGAAGCUGUGGUUGGCCCUGAUUUCUUCUUUGGAGGCUCAGAAACAUUUCCUCUCUUCUGUUCUUCACGCCCCAUGCCCCUGCUAGCAUAUUACUGUUCUGUGACUUCCCCAUGACCUCUGCAGGACUCCUCCUCCUGUGUUUGGUCUGCAGGUGUCGCCUUUCUGCCGUGUUCCUAACGUUUUGAUUCCUGUCUUGAAAAAAAGCACCUGCUGCACCGUAAGCCCAGGGAUGUGGCAGCUGCAGCGGGCUUGGCUUUGUGAGGAGCCGAGUGUGUCCACGUUGGGGGACAUCAUACUUGAUACAUACGUUUUUAUUUGCGCAAAGAAAAUGCUAUUUUUGGAGCCAGAAUGUUCACGUCUGAUUUAUGGUGAUUUUCUUAAGAACCAGAACUGCUGGGAGAAAGGGGGCACCCCCACGCUUAGACAGCCAAUGUCUUAUUAGAGGGCAGUUUGUGGUUCCUGGUUUGGAAUUGAACAUUCUUCAAACAUUCCAGUCCACUGAAAGUUUUAUCCGCUUUCCCAUAUAAAAAUUCUUCCCACGAUAG